GAAAGGCGCUCCAAGAGAUUAGCAAAAAGGCGUGAACUUUACCUUCUCUCUCAAAUCUCACUUUUGACAAAGUCUUCCCUUUUCACUUCAACUGAUCGGAUUCUGUACUAUAUUUCGGAUUUCGAAUCCCCUUUAUUGCUUUCUCUUCAUUAUUCUUCACUUUCCAGAAAAAACAAGCAAAAAUGCUUCGGCCAUUACUUCCCUGUGAUUCCACUUCCGCUGCUAAAAUGCGUCUCUUUGCUUCACCAUUUUCUAAUAACUACACCAUCGCUAUUGUCCCUUCUUCUGCUGGACAUUCUCAUGUUCUGGACAUGGGAUUGAAGUUGAGUAAACAAGCUUCGAGUAGCAGUGGGCUUCGAAUUUUUAGUCAGGGUCGUGAUAAGCACAGAACGCCCAGUGUUUAUGGUCGUGGUGCUCGAGAACGGGUGCUUGAGGAGAAGGAAGCGUCUCUAAUGUCGGAAACCAGCCCGUCUUUUAAAAUUUUCCCUGGUCAGGCAUCUCCGUUGGGCGUAUCUGAAGUUGAUAAGGGAAUCAAUUUUGCUAUUUUUUCACAGCAUGCCACUUCUGUCACCCUUUGCCUAUCUCUUCCUCAAAGGGGAGUACAUGAAAGGCUAGUUGGUAACGUGAUUGAGCUGGCCUUGGAUCCUCAUGUGAAUAAAACAGGAGACAUUUGGCAUAUCUGUAUAGAGGAUUUGCCUCGUAGCAAUGUGCUUUAUGGUUAUCGGGUAGAUGGUCCUCAAAAUUGGAAUCAGGGGCAUCGGUUUGACAGUAAUAUCAUACUUGUAGAUCCUUAUGCUAAGCUAGUUGAAGGUCGUCGAUAUUUUGGAGAUGCUAGCCUUAAGUUGUCUAAAUUUCUUGGAACUUAUGAUUUUGAUAGCUCGCUUUUUGACUGGGGAGAUAACUACAAGCUUCCAAAUAUACCAGAGAAAGAUCUUGUUAUCUAUGAAAUGAAUGUUCGUGCAUUUACGGCUGAUAAAUCUAGCGGCUUAGAUCCAAAAAUACGUGGGAGUUACCUUGGUGUAAUUGAAAAGAUCCCACACCUUCUGGAGCUGGGUGUCAAUGCAGUUGAGUUGCUGCCUGUGUUUGAAUUUGAUGAAUUUGAGUUUCAGAGACGCCCAAACCCCAGAGAUCACAUGAUAAAUACAUGGGGUUAUUCAACAAUAAACUUCUUUGCUCCUAUGAGUCGCUAUGCUAGUGGUGGUGGAGGACCUUGUAAUGCAUCUCGAGAAUUCAAAGAAAUGGUUAAAGCCUUGCAUGGUGCCGGCAUUGAGGUUAUUUUAGAUGUCGUCUAUAAUCAUACAAAUGAAGCAGAUGACCAAAAUCCUUAUACCACUUCAUUUCGUGGAAUAGAUAAUAAGGUUUAUUACAUGUUAGACCCGAACAGUGGCCAGUUGCUGAACUUUUCUGGAUGCGGGAAUACAUUAAACUGUAAUCAUCCUGUGGUCAUGGAGCUCAUCCUUGACAGCCUAAGACACUGGGUCACUGAAUACCAUGUAGAUGGAUUUCGAUUUGACUUGGCUAGUGUACUUUGUCGUGGAACAGAUGGCACUCCACUUAGUGCUCCCCCAGUUAUUAGGGCAAUUGCCAAAGAACCUAUCCUAUCAAGAUGUAAAAUUAUUUCAGAACCUUGGGAUUGCGGAGGCCUUUAUUUGGUUGGAAAAUUUCCUAACUGGGACAGAUGGGCCGAGUGGAACGGGAAGUACCGUGAUGACAUGAGAAGAUUUAUUAAGGGUGAUUCUGGUAUGAAAGGGAGUUUUGCAACCCGUGUUGCUGGAUCUGCUGACCUGUACAGCGCGAAUAAGCGCAAACCUUGUCAUAGCAUUAAUUUUGUAAUAGCACACGAUGGAUUCACACUGUAUGAUCUCGUUUCUUACAAUUUUAAGCACAAUGAUGCCAAUGGAGAAGGUGGAAAUGAUGGAAGCAAUGACAAUUUUAGUUGGAAUUGUGGCUUUGAAGGAGAAACUGAUGAUCCUUCUAUUAAAGCUUUACGCUCCCGCCAAAUGAAAAAUUUCCAUCUGGCAUUAAUGAUAUCUCAGGGAACACCAAUGAUGCUAAUGGGGGAUGAAUACGGGCAUACUCGCUAUGGUAAUAACAAUAGUUAUGGGCAUGACACUUCUAUUAACAAUUUCCAGUGGGGAUUUUUGGAUAAACAAAGGAGCAGUCACUUCAGGUUCUUCUCUGAGGUGAUAAAGUUUCGACUAAUGCACCAAGUAUUUCGUCAUGAAAAUUUUCUCAGCAAUAAUGAAGUGACAUGGCAUGAAGACAACUGGGACAAUUAUGAAAGCAAAUUCCUUGCAUUUACGCUUCAUGACAGUAUUGGAGCAGAUAUCUAUUUGGCAUUUAAUGCUCAUAACUACUAUGUUAAAGUUUCGAUACCCCCUCCACCAUCAAAGAGGCGUUGGUUUCGUGUGGCGGACACCAAUCUUGCAUCUCCAGACGACUUUGUUCCUGAAGGUGUCCCAGGCAUUGAGAAUUCCUAUAAUGUGGCUCCAUACUCCUCGAUUCUUCUUGAAGCGAAACUGACAUGAAGGUAAGUUGCUACCAAAUGAAUAUUUGGAGUCGCUCUGCGAUGAAGCAUCUGAUUAUUGGACAUAGGAAAAGAUCUAAGCUUUAUAACUGAAGUGGGUAAUACUCCAGUAUUGAUGAAUCCAACCAAGAAGAUCUGAGCAAGCUCAUGCUUUUUUUGACACCUUUUGAUGUAAGCUUGCUUUUUGCACGAAUGAAUACAAUGAUUCCAACCUUUGCUGUGAACAUUUUGUCGAAUCAUAUCUGCAGCAGGCAACACAUACUAUGCAUGAAAUGUGUAAUGUGGGACUUGUAAGCUCAGGGAAUCAAAAUAAAUGUUAAAACGCUGAAAAUUCCUGUUUCUUACCGAUGAAUUUGAUGUAUUGACCUGUUUUUUUCA